UCCAUGAAGUAUCUGCGUGUCUGAGGUACAACCGACGGCCUACUUGCCCUGACGCCUCUGUGGGGGUUCAUAUCCCCACCCCCCCUCCUUCUCACCACAGGAAAAGCCAUAGUCUGGGAAACAACAUGAUGUGUCAGUAUGGCAUGUCAGAAAGCAGGAGUGCCACGUUUCCCAUAGACAAAGCACGACACCUGCUGGAUGACAGCUUCUUAGAGUCUCAGAGUCCAGUCAGAAAUGAUCCACACAGUACAUCUGUGUCCAAUGGCCUGUCAUUAGGCAGCAGUGAAAGCUCUUUUGGGGAGGAGCUGUCACCUGGAAUGGAGAGGGGCCGCAUGUACGCAACACUAGGCCCAAACUGGAGGGUCCCACUUCGCAACUCACCCCGGAGCCGCAGCUAUGUUUACAGCUCAUCUGCUGCCAACUCCUGCUAUGGAUGCAGUGAUGCCAGCAGUGUCACUAUUGAAGGACCCCUGCGAAGGAAAACUCUGCUUAAAGAGGGACGGAAGCCCAAGUUGUCAUCAUGGACCAGAUUUUGGAUCACUCUGUCUGGAUCAACACUGAUAUUUUUUGGGGCAAAAGCACUGAGGGCUUCUGAGAGGAAACAUUAUAAGUCCAGCCCUUGUAAGAAGGUGUGUGUGACUGGAUGGAUGGUGGUGCUGCCAGAUGACCCUGCCAGACCCAAUAUCUUCCAGCUCAAUGACCCAGACAAAGGCAACGUUUACAAGUUCCAAACAGGAUCCAGGUUUUCAGCGAUCAUCUGGCACAAAAACCUGGAAGAGGCUUGUAGGAGCAGUAGACCUCAGUUACCAGCAAACCUCAUGUCAUUUGAAUGAGAGCAGACCUUACCCAGUGGGACAUAUUGUGCCAAAUCCAUUUGUUUGGGAAGUAUAGACUCAGUGAUGGAAUGCAGUGGAAUUUGAAGGUAUCCACUGAAAUGGGAGAGUCGAGAAGCAUCCAGUACUUUAAAAGAAGCUCUUUAAUACUGGAUGUGGGACUGCAUAUACCAACACACUUGCUUUCUCUUUCACCGGGACUUAACAUAAUGUUAACUCUGGAAGAAUCCAGCCAAUUCAAGACUUUGGUGAGAUUGACCCAUGUGGAACUGCUAUUGCAAUUUUUUUCUGCAUUUCAGCAUCGUACUGGAGGAAGAGUAGGGCAAGGACAUCAACACACAUAUCCACUUGUGAACUUGGAUCUAUGAGAAAAGAACUGGAGUUGUGAGCAUGAAAACGUGACCCUGCCCGAAGGUCUCAUUAUUACCAUUAAUGAGCAGCACUGUAGCCAAAAGAACAGCCGAUGAGUUUUCAUCACGUUCAGCCCUGUGGACUGAAUGAAUGUGAAUGUGAAUACAGCUGGACUGAAUUUGUUUUAAAAUGAGAAUUUCUAGUUGUACAGAAAAGAUAAUGUAACCAUGAAGUUGGCUUUAAGAGCCUGAACUGUAGGUUGAUUGAAGAGGCAGCCCUGGAUUGGUUCACUUGUUUACCCCUCACUAUCUCAGUUGGUAGUCCUCCUGUAAAAGGUGUUUGAUGUGUAUAACAAGGUUUACAAAUAGCAACAAUUCAUAUUUUCUACAGAACAAAUCAAAAUAUGUCAAACACCAUGGAAAUGGUACUGAACAAGCUGAUAAUUACAGUCCAUAAUGCAGAAAACAUUGUUAUGCAGCUGUGAGAGUGAAUCUAAAGCAAUUUACAAUGAAGCACCAAUCUUUGAACAAUUAUGUGUGUAAAUACUGUAUUUAUUUGUAAAAGAGUUUAUUUUUUAACAGCUGGCCAUCAAAGGGAAAUGGUACCAUGACUACCUUUGAUUCACCACCUGCUGCAGGAAGCUGCUGCUCAGAGAGACUUGUUCAUGAGAAGCCACCUUAAAACUUAGUAUGAACUGCUGAUCUCCAGCUAAGAGCACUGGAAUAAGGGACUCUGUUAAAAACCGUCUUCACAAGCAAAAUGUUAGCUUGAAUUUAAAGUAGAAUUAUGCUUUAUUACAACUUGUAUUUGACUGUAUUUUCCUAUAUAGUUUUGCCCAUCAGUCCUAUCUAUAAUUACAACAAUGUUCUCCAGGGCACUGGAAGUGAAUAAAGUUGUUGGGCCAGAGAAGAACCAGUUUUCACGACAAUUUGUCCAACCAUGUGUAAAGGCAAAAGGGGUUAUAGCUGUGCCCAAUGGCCACACUCAGUUCAAUUUUAUUUAUAAAGCCCAAUAUCACAAAUCACAAUUUGCCUUAGAGGGCUACAACAUAUGA